AUGACCCUCCACCGCCACCACAUCUCUAAAAACUCUCCUGAAGAUUCUGAAAGGCCCCCUUGGCCCUUAUCACACUCACAUCACCAUCCACUUCAACGUCCACUGUCCACUUCAGCGCCCACCCCAAAAUCCACCUCUACAUCCACCUCACCGCCCACCUCAACAUCCACAUCAGCGCCCACCUCAACAUCCACAUCAGCGCCCACCUCAACAUCCACAUCAGCGCCCACCUCAACAUCCACAUCAGCGGCGCCCAGCUCAACAUCCACAUCAGCGCCCACCUCAACAUCCACAUCAGCGCCCACCUCAACAUCCACCUCAGCGCCCACCUCAACAUCCACAUCAGCGCCCACCUCAACAUCCACAUCAGCGCCCACCUCAACAUCCACAUCAGCGGCGCCCAGCUCAACAUCCAUCUCAUCCUCCACUUUGGCGCCCACUACCUAACCACUUCAGCGGCGAUUUCCAUGCUAAAGUUUGAAACCGGAAUGCAUGACGAACGCGCUUGGACCCCGUCUAAGAACGAGGUCCCUCCACCCACGUAAUAUAAUUCUCUCACUCUUCCUCAUUUUCCUCCACCUGUAUAGAGUUACGUCCUAAUUUCUCUUUUUUCUUCCCAGUUCAUAUUUAUCGUCUUCGUACCUCCUCAUUUUCCCUCCAUCCACUCAAUACAAUGAUCUAAUUAUUCCCCAUCUUUCUUUCUUUUGGUAUCACUUCUCCCU